GACUCUCGAGGUGGCCAGCGGCUCAUUCAGACUUUCUGUGACAUACUGAAGCUACCAAUAUGAGCGGAAGAGGCAAAACCGGAGGCAAGGCCAGGGCGAAGGCAAAGACACGUUCAUCCCGUGCCGGGCUCCAGUUCCCCGUGGGCCGUGUGCACAGGCUGCUGCGUAAAGGCAACUACGCCGAGCGUGUGGGCGCUGGCGCACCAGUGUACCUGGCCGCAGUGCUCGAGUACCUGACUGCUGAGAUCCUGGAGUUGGCCGGAAACGCUGCCCGUGACAACAAGAAGACUCGUAUCAUCCCCCGUCACCUGCAGCUGGCAGUCCGUAACGACGAGGAGCUGAACAAACUGCUUGGCGGCGUGACCAUCGCGCAGGGUGGUGUUCUGCCCAACAUCCAGGCAGUGCUGCUCCCCAAGAAGACUGAGAAGGCCGUCAAAGCCAAGUAAAAUCGCUGGUGCGGCUGCAACUUGACUACUCAACCCCCAAAGGCUCUUUUAAGAGCCAACCACCUAGCUCAACAAAAGCGCAAAGUGUCCUUUCUAUGCCUGGCCAAUUAUUUGGCGUGUUAGAUACACACACAUAUAGACGGCACCGUAUCAAGUGCCCACAUGAGGCCUAAAUGAAGGAUAACAACUAGUAGGCUAGAAUGAGAGCAUUAUUGCGCGUCAAGUGUAACGUUGCUCGCGGCCCUAACAAAAGACCCAAGCGCGCCUCGGCGAGGGUGGGGGUUGCAUUUUGGGGCGGCACGGAGAGGCCGAGCCUCCCGUCCAAUGGGCGGCGGAGGAGGCCUCCGCAACGGGCCAAUCAGGGCGGUGCGGAGAU